AUGGCGCUGUUUAAGUGCCUGUGCGUUUUUCUAUUAUCUCUCCUGCCUGCCUUCACCUUCACCAACGCCGAUGAAGAAGCUCCACGGCAGACGCUCCCGCCGAUCCCCUGCAUCCCGGGCCGGCCACGGCCCCCGUGGCUGCCACCCUGCUCGCCGCCUUCCCCACCGCCGCCGCAGCCAGCCGAGUGCUACACAUCGCUGUCGGGGCUGAUGCCGUGCACGGACUUCCUCACCAGCACCGGGGUGCCGCCGGCCCCCUCAAGCGCCUGCUGCAACGGCCUUAGGUCGCUCGUCACCGACGCGUCCAUCUGA